GGCAUCCAGCUGGGAUCCUGGAACAGUAAAAGUUUUGUUUUCAAGAGAUUGACCUGGUGCCCCGGGAAGGAACCUAUCCCAGGGGGUUGUGAGCAGCAAGGCGUCCUGGCAGGAAGAUUCUGGAAGUUUCUCUCACUCACACCUUCCACAGAGCUUCCACUCCAGGAUCCAACAGCAUCAGCCGAGCUGAAGUCUUCAGAGAGCCAGAAAAUGUCUUCUCAGAAAUGUGCUUUCAGAGGCUCAUCACAUGCAACAAAAACAGCUCGUGGCGUCUUUCUGACAUGCCAGGAGAGCCCCCGAACGCUCCGACUCUCAGCUGUGAAAUUGUCUGACUGUCGUCUUCUGCACAACUCUGACGCCUUUGCUCAUCCUGCUGUUCUGCCAGGGGCCUUUGACCCCAUAUCAGUGCUGAUCUACACAAUGACACAACCUGUGGACGGAGGGACUCCUACGGGCCAGAUCCAGCUCCCCACACGCUUUGAUCUCUCUCCCCGUCUCCUUACCCGGAAGAGAACCCUUGGCCUUCUCAGCUGGGAGCCGGGCGCACACGUGGAAAGGCUGGCUCGGAUCCAUAUUCUUGCCAAAUUUAGUCACACAAAGGGGCCUGCGAGGGAGAAAAGAAAGGAUGAAAGCGGCAGCCGCCGGGACUUCAAAGGCCGCGCCGCCGCCCGGGCCCUGCGCAGACUGACGACCGCGCAGCGGACGGUGGACACCCCGCACGCCACGCACCUGGAGCAUCAGCCGCUCCGCACGCGGAGCGGGGCGCUGGCAGAUUUCAUCGGCGCCCGGGAGGCCAGGGCGCAGCGGCUGGCGGAGCGCCGCGCCGACGGCCCCUCCUCGGCGCGCGGGACACCCCUCCGUGCCACCUCGGGGCCGGCGCUCUCCGCGCGCAGACCCGGCGGCGCGGGCGCGGGGUGGUCGCGGCGCGGCCGAGCCUAG